AUGGGCGUGGUUUAAUGGAGGCAUGUGCUUUUACAUGCUUUAGCUUCUUUUUCGUUUUCUUGAGAAAAGAACGUGAGUUAUAGACGUUAGAAUGAGUUGGUCUGAAGAAGCAGUUGGACGGCACAUUGCUGCAAUAAAGUCCAGGGCUAAGAGCAAGGAAGAGCUUAAGCUCCAAGGCUACACUUUAGCUCAAUUGUGCUUAAAAGCAAAGCUCUAUAGCCCAGCAAUAGGGUAUCUAAGUGAGUAUUUAUCAAUGAAGUCUGACGAUUACAAAGCUCACAAGUUAUUGGGAGAAGUUUAUAAAUGUAAAGACGAGACUGAACGUGCACUGGUCGCUUAUAAGAGGUCAUUGUAUUUCAAAAAGGAUCAACCUGACGUUGUAAUAUCAAUUGGCGAAUUGUAUUGCGAAAGAGACGAUGUGUCAGAAAAUGAAUUAAAAGAAUGGAUUGAGCAUGUUAAGAAAUAUCACCAAAAUCAUCCUGUCAUAGCGAAGCUGAAAGGAAAGCUAGUUGCGAAUAGCAAUAAUGCUGGAGAUGAACUGGUUUUAGAAAUUAUUGGAGGGAUGGAGGAAGGCAGUGAAGAUCCUUUGGUUUUAAUGAAAUUAGCAGAAAGAUUUUUAGACCAAGGUUGUCUGAAUGAGUCCUAUGGAUUAUUCAAAAGGUUUCGUUACAAUAAAACUAACAGAAACAAAGUGGAACUGAUGAGAUUAUUUAUGGACUAUCUUGAGAAAUUAUUAGGACUCUUAUCAACUGAUAAAGGUUUGCUGAUAUUGUAUGUUUCAAUUUCAUUGCUGGAGACAAUCAUUGAAAUAUUUAACAUUGAAAUGAUGAAUGAGCAUAAACACAAAACAACCGGUCAAAAAUUAAUACAAUACUUGAUAAAAUAUGAUCAUAUUCUAUACAAGGUUCUUUCUUUAUCAAGUACAGCUGAUGUUCGAAAGCUCUUGACUCAAGCAAUGGAAGAAGUGCUAGGAGAGCUACAGUCUCACUGUUACUUCCUCCUCUCACAAUACUUCUUCUCUUUCUGUUCUCCAAAUAAAUUUGAAUUGGGUGUGGCUUGUCUCUUAGCAACACUCAAGACUCCGCCUCUUAAUAUUGAAUUAUUUAACGAGCUCCCUCAGUCCCAGUAUGAUGAAAUGGAUCGUUGGUAUCAUAAAGGAGGAGCAAGACUAUCAACAGCUGUUCGAGAGUUACAAUUAUUAUUAAAAGAGAAAGGAGUGAAUGAUGUUACUGACUGUAUCAAGAAAUCAUCAGAUGAGCUGAGGAAAGCAUUACAUCAGUUGUCCAGGAGUUAUGAUAGAAGGAAGUCAUUCAUAGCACAUGAUAAUACUCUAUCAUCAUUGAAACCAGCACUACUGGUAGAUCAGUAUAAGGAAAAUACUUCUUUCAAUCUACAGUGUGACCUUAUAUAUAUUGAUGAAUACAGUGAAGUAUUAUCAGCUCUUGUCUGGUUGUCUUUGGUCUAUAAAUCAGUUGAUACCACCAUACCUUUUGAUGACUGGUUUAGUAUUAAGUUAUUCCCAUCAUUACAACAGCCCACACCAAUGCUGAGCAAAACUGACACCUCUGCACUCUGUCACUAUGAUAUUGAAGCGCUCCUAGUUCUAUCAAUGAAUUGGUUUAUGGAGUCACAUGAUGUCCAGUCACAUGACUUGUCCUCUCUACUGGUUGAUAAAGGACUCUCAUGGUCGCUGAUAGCCUUACCUGAUCAUUAUAAUACCAUAUAUGGUAACAUUAGGAGACUACAUGAUAAGAACAUAAGUAUCAGUGAAGGUUUGAUAAUUAAGAAAAGUAUCAGUUCAUUCCUUUCAGAGUUUCGCUGUCAUCCUCCAUACCUCCUCAAUGUCACUCAAGUACUGACACUAGCAAGACACUUCCAAAAUAAAGCUGAAAGCUUAGUCAGUAUACCUGGUUAUGAUAGAGACUCAAUAACUGUGCUCGUUAAAUGGAGUAGUCACUAUUGGUCGGUUCUGUUGAAUGAAUAUGUUGGAAAACCAACCGGACACACUCCAAAGAGACAACAGAAGCCUCAAAAGGGAGCGGUUUACUCCUCCCCCUUUAGGAACAAGGGAUCACCUCAACUGCUGUCCACCCACUCACCUUUAAGAACAAAAGACAAGGGGGUACUAAGUGAUGAGGAGAAGGAUGAGUGUUACAUGUCACUGGCCAGUUGUGCCAUGUAUCAGAAUGACUCUGAACUAGCUUUAACGUAUUAUAAACUUGUACCAACUGCACACUCCUUUUGGAAUCAAUCUCAGAUAUAUGCCUUGUUAUCUGAUUCUAAUGAUGGUGAUAUGAAAGUGUCUUUGUUAACAAGUUCAUUAUCAGCUAUACAGAGAGCACAAAGAUAUGUCAUUGACUCCAAUGAUCAGGAGUUAGUUAAGAGGAUCGAUGAUGAGAAAGAGAGAAUUCAAGAGCUUCUGGACUCCGCCAGAUUGUCAAAUGAGACCACACCUACUGCCACACCCACUGCAACUCCCAGUAAUAGUGCCAGUGUUUCUUCUUUACUCAAAUAUGAGGCCACACCCACUUCACGACGUACAAAAAUUGUAGAUGAUACCGAUAGUUUUGACCAAACUCCUACGCAAGAUUUGUCCGAAUCUAUUAGAGAGAGAGAUGUUAAAAUUGCCUCAUUAGAGAAAAAACUGAAAUUUCUCACGGAGCAGAUUAGUGACAUCAAAUUUUUACAGAAAAGCCCUUCACAACCUCUCAUAUCUCCACGAAACGGUGCUUUAGAUGCUAGUCCUACCGUCAACCAGUUAAGAACGAAACCUUUAUUUACUUCACCUCCCCAAGUUUCAGCAACUCCGCCACAUGAAAGAGGUUCUCAGUUUCCUCCUGCUCCUCCUCACCCAACUCCAGCUCACCGUUUCCCUCCUCCUCUCUCUCACCUUCCCUCUGCCCACCCUCCCUCGAUAAUGCCGUUUCAAUUUGGAUCUGCUCCCAUCUCUUCAUCUCAAUCUUUAACGUUUAGCUUCCGUUCCUCUGUACCCUCUCAGUAUCAGUCUCCUGCGGUCACCUCUCCUCCUAUAAGAGGGGUUCUCCCCCCGUCUCAGUCCCCAUCUGAUGGCGGGUAUUCUCCUUCUUCAGCUAAACAUGCUCCUCCCACAAUGUCACCUCCUGGUAAAGUUAUUCCAAUGCCUAAGCCAGUUUCUAUUAGUCAAGAUGCUCUUAAUGUUAGCUUGAAUGGUGCUACUGCGUCAGUUAGUGCAGCUGGUGGGUUCUCAUUUGGUUCUGUGACUAGUGGUACUAAUGCUUUGUCUAGUGGGAGAGGGUUUUCAAUGGGCUCCCUCUCAACUCGCCCUCCUUUAUUACCAGCACCUGCUACUGGCCCACAGUUUAAUACAGCUGCUACUGGGCCUCAGUUUAAUAUACCUACCACUGGGCCUCAGUUUAAUACAGCUGCUACUGGCCCACAGUUUAAUACAGCUUUACCUAAGAAUCUGUUUAGUUCAUCACCUGCAGUGACUACUUCAAUCAGCCUUCCUUCUUUUCCUCCAUCUUUACAUGGUGCAGUAUCAUCCACUCCAUCUUUUGGAGUAUCUUCCACUAGUUUUCCUACUCCUUCCUUUGUUGCUUCAAAAGGUCCUCAUACUAUUCACUAUGGUGCUCCUCCUGUCUCUAUCAGCAGCACUACUGCAGUUCAUAGCAGUAGCAGUACUGGGGCAUUGCCGCCUUUUCAAUUUGGGAAUAAAACUACUCCAGGCAGUGCUGUACCAUCUUUUGUAGGAGGACCACCAGUUCAGGUCGGAGGAAUGAAGCUAUCAACUCCUCAUCAGUUAGUACCUGCUUCUACUGGUGGAGCACCAUUGCCUCAAUAUUCAUCUUCUAAUACAGGACCAUUUCAGUUGGCACCUGCUUCUACUGGUGGAGUAUUGUUGCCUCAGUUUCCAUCUUCUAGUGCAGGACCAAUGCAGACACCAUUUUCUUUGGCAACUCCUCCAUUUUCAGCUAUGUCUGCAACUCCUCCUCGAUUACCUUUUCAGUUAUCAAGUACUCCUCAGUUUAAAGGACCAGCUAGUUCAUCAGUGCCUCAGUUAGGAGCUACUCAACCAGCAAUCAGCAGUGGCUCUGUUUCAUUACUUGGCCCUGGACCAUCCACUCUUCCACCAACCUUCAUGGGAGGACUAGGAACCACAUCUUUUGUGAUGCCACAAUCAAAUGUUGCUCCUACUUUUCCUCCACUUAAAGGUCCUACUAAUGCAGCAGUCACUAGUACUCCUCCUCCUAUCACCAGAUCAUUAUUCUUGAGUACCACUACCACUACUGUAUCACAGUUCACUCAUCAGUUCAGUACUGGGUCUGCUGUUUCACAGUUCAAUGCAGUUUCUACAACUAGUUCAGUCUUUACACUGUCCUCUUCAGCUCAAGUAUCAUUUGCUACUUCAACAACCAAACCAUCCUUCACUGCUCCUCCUACUAGUAUUGCAUCUAAAGGACUUAUGUCUGGGAAUUUUGUACCCACUACUAGUGCUAUGGCUGCAACUACCAGCACUAGCAUGCCCUCAUUAUUUAGUACUUCUGUGACUGCACCUUCUUUAUUGGGUAGCACUUUCUCAAGUACUAGCGCAUCCGUCCUUACUAACAAACCACUCCCUCUUUUAUUAUCAAAUACUCCUGCUAAAUUGGAAGGAGAUGAAGAAGAGGCAGUAGCUCCUUCUCCUGAUAUCAGUUUUGAGUUUACUCCUCUUGUUUCAUUGCCGGAGGUUGAAGAUCUGACUAGUGGAGAAGAGAAUGAAGACGUCCUCUUCUCUGAGACUGGCAAACUCUAUAGGUUUGAUUCUAUACUCAAGCAAUGGAAGGAGAGAGGCAAAGGAGUUAUUAAGAUCCUCAAACACAAAUUGAAGGGAAAGUCCCGAAUCUUAAUGAGACGUGAGCAGAUAUUAAAGAUAUGCUGCAAUCACUUUAUUACAAAUGACAUGUGCAUGUCUCCUUUUGGUAAUACACAGAAGUCAAUGAUGUGGUACACUUUGAGCGAUUUCUCUGAUGAAGUCUGCAAGCCUGAGAAGCUAGUGAUCAGGUUUAAGUCUAUUAGCAUGGCAAAUGACUUUAAGGAAACGUUUGAGAAAUGCGUUAAAGAGACCAAAUCAAGCGAUACUAAACCACCUCCAUCCUUGUCUCCUUCUCUCCCUCCCUCUUCACUCCCUCCCUCAACUGCUUCUACUUCACAGACCAGUGUUAAGCCUCUUACUGUUCAGUCUGCUCCAGGUCAGUGGGAGUGCUCUGUCUGUUAUGUCUCUAAUAAACCUGAGGCUGUUAAGUGUGUGGCUUGUGAAGCUUCUAGAGUAGGAGGUGGUGGUAUCUCUUCAACUCUCUCUCUUCCUUCGUUAUCAAGUUUUAAAGCUCCAGCUUCUCUUAAAAGCACACCAGGGACUCAAUUGAAGCCAUUGGCCUCAUUGUCCUCUAAAGGUGACUGGGAGUGUUCAGCAUGUUAUGUCUCCAAUAAAACUGAUGCUAUUUAUUGUGUUGCCUGUGGUGCAGGGAAGGAUGGAGCAGCAGCACCAUCAUCAUCAUCAACUGGUUCUGUUAAUCUGUUAUCAGGAUUUAAAUCUUCAGCUAUAUUGGGAGGAGGUGGUAUGACAUUGAAAGGACUAACAUUACCAUCUUCAACUAGUAGCACCACUGGAGGAGGAGGUGGAUUGGCAAGCGGUGGUGGCAUGUCUUUAAAAGGAUUUUCACUGUCUUCAGGACUCAAUACAGCUCCAUCUACUAGUAUUGGAGCACCUCUAAGUGGCGGCGGUAUGUCUUUAAAAGGAUUUUCGUUGCCUUCAGGACCCAAUACUUCUUCUAGCACCAUACCAUUGGCCACUAGCACCACACCAUUGGCCACUAGCAUAGGAGGAGGAGGAACUGGAAUAAAAGGACUUUCAUUGCCUUCAAGCAAACCAGCAGAAGAAGAAGAGGAAGAAACUGAUGAAGAAACUGAAGAGGAGGAGGAGGAACAGCAAAUUCCAGUACAGAGUAAAUCCACCAGUCAACAGUUUCAGGCAGUUACUGGGCAAAAGGGAACUUCUUCAUUCUCAUUCAGUUCAUUUGCUGCACAGCAAGGUGGCUUCACUUUUAAAAAACCUGUUGAAGCUAGAGAUGCCAGCAUGAGUCCUAAGAAAGGAGAGCCUGAAGAUGAUGAAGGAGAUCCGGAGAAAGAGCAAGAGAUUCACGUGAAGCCACUAGUGAGUUUAGAGAGACUAGACUCCAUUCCUACUGGAGAAGAAAAUGAAGAAGCAAUGUUUUGUGAGAAGGGGAAGCUGUUUCGAUUUGACAGUAACCAGUGGAAGGACAGAGGAGUUGGUGAGAUGAAGAUAUUAUUGAAUAGAUCCACAGGAAAAUGGAGAUGUGUGAUGCGUAGAGACCAGACUCACAUUGUAUGCUGCAAUUUCCUAUUAGCAGCAGGAAUGAGUCUUAGCCCAUACCAAGAGAGUAACAGAAUAUUUACAUUUUCUGCUAACGAUUAUUCAGAUGGCGAAUCAAAUCAUUCAAUGUUCACACUACGUUUUAAGACAAAAGAGAUUGCCGAAAGAUUUAAGACAAUGUUUGAGAGAGGAUGCUCUGGGGAGAGUGUUAGUGAUGAAAGAGAAGAUACUGAUGGGGGACAUGAUGAAAGAAUAACUGAAGACAAAGAUGACAAAGAAGAAAGGAAACAAGAUGAAAAGGAAGAAAUGGCUGAAGAGGAAGAAAUGGCUGAAGACAAAGAUGAAGAAGAAGAAGAA